UGUUCGAAAUAGACGGAUCCCGUUUAAACUGACCCGAGAACCAUUUGGACCCAUUUCAGUCCGAUUCGCUUAAUCCGUGAAUCAAUUCAACCGAUUCAAUGACAGAUCCGAGAUUCAUUCGAACAGUUCGUUAACGCUAGCGUGAGAGAGGAGCUCCGCUGCGGGGCCGCUGUUGCUGCUGUCUGGGGCCGAUAUGCAGAGGCGGGCCGGGGAAAACAGACACAAGAGAGGAAAGCAAUGCUGGAUUCAGAGGCGGCGUGUAUGAGUUAAGGAUCUCAGAGAGCAAGAGCAAGAAACCUGAACCCGGUGAUUAUAUUCGUCGCUCAGAAGCGGUAUUAAAACAGGAAAAAGGCCGUUUGUAUAGUACAGCCUCGCUCUCUUUGAGAAGCACUAGCCAGCUAAAGCUAGUCAUGUAGCGAUCCAUUCACACGGACGCCAAACAUGGACACGACUGCACACUAUACUUGUGUUUUACAUCGCCUCUGUGGCUAACAAACUCUAGGAUGAACGGAUCCCAAUGGCGAUAGAGUGCAAAUGGAGGGGCGUUGUGGAUUUAGCUAGACAUUCACGCAGAGAAAACACUCGUCCUCUGUUGAAUCUGUGGGCUUUGGUUCCCUCGAACCCGAUAAAAGUGCUCCUCCGUUGUUGUUUUUGUCAGAAAGCUCUUCAAUAACAAGUGCUGCGGGGUUUUUAUGUUUUUUUAUGGCCGUUGCCGAGCAGAUAAAGUUAGCUGUAGCUUAAUCCUGUACCAGAGCAAAUGAAGGAGUAUAAGGUGGUUGUGUUGGGCAGCGGCGGCGUGGGCAAAUCCGCACUCACGGUCCAGUUUGUGACCGGGACAUUCAUAGAGAAAUAUGACCCGACCAUUGAGGACUUCUAUAGGAAGGAGAUCGAGGUGGAUUCGUCUCCCUCGGUGCUGGAGAUCCUAGACACCGCUGGGACCGAGCAGUUCGCAUCCAUGCGAGAUCUGUACAUCAAAAACGGCCAAGGCUUCAUUUUAGUCUACAGCCUUGUCAAUCAGCAGUCAUUUCAGGACAUCAGACCAAUGCGGGACCAGAUCGUUCGUGUGAAGCGCUUCGAGAAGGUGCCUCUGAUCUUGGUGGGGAAUAAGGUGGACCUGGAGUCAGAGCGGGAGGUGGCGGGCUCUGACGGACGUGCCCUCGCACAAGAGUGGGGCUGCCCCUUCAUAGAGACCUCAGCCAAGAGCAAGAGCAUGGUUGAUGAGCUGUUCGCUGAGAUUGUGAGGCAGAUGAACUACACCACUUUGCCCGAGAAGCAAGAGCAGUGCUGCAAUGCCUGCAUUGUGCAGUGAGAAUCCUGGCCUUACUUGCAGUCCAGACACAUGAUCCAGAUGGAUGCUCUCUUGAACCAGCCUCUGAUCACAUGACCCUCUGAGCCACACCUGUGCCACUGAGCCCCUUGAACUCUGACACUUCGGACAUGCUGUCCGGAAAUAAAUCAUCGCAGGGUCUUCAAAACUCAAAUCCGCUGGGUCUGGAUGGUAGAGCACAUAUACAAUAUCUUCAAGUUAUGUUUUGGUUACCUGGAAACAAGUCAAGUCUGCAAAUGGGAGCACAGAAAACUUUGGGGAAUGGGGAUAUCUGUGACAGGGCUAUUAAUAGCUAUUUUUCUUAUAUAGGGAAUCGGGAUAAGGGUUAUGACGAGCAGGUCAGCUCAGGGCUAUAAUACCCCUGGAGAUGCCCUGUUGAAAAUGUUCCCUGUUUUUCUUUUAACAUAUUAAGUUUGAUAUCUAAUUAUUAAGCUGUAACAGCCAUUAUGCAGGUUUGAGACCUCAAUAUCUAACGUCACCCCCCCCCCCCCCCUUUUUUGAUUUUUUUUUUUAAACUACUGGUAUGUAUUGCUUUCUCUCCUAAUACUCUAUUUAUUAAAGUCUUUAAUUACCAAUAUAGAUAAAUAUUGCAUUUUUAUAUUCUGUUGGCUGUUUUGGCUUUUUGUGACUACAGUAUGCAUUGUUUCUGAAGUACAGCAUUGAUGAUGCCUUAAAUGAUUACAGUCUGAAACCCC